AUGACGAGCCCGUGGACGUCCGCUCAGUCCGCUCAGUCCGCUCAGUUCAAUCGGCGCUUGUCCUGGGGUGGCCCGGGAGGGCGCGAGCCCUACCCCCAGCAGAUUUCCCCAUACGGGUACGGAGCCAACGAAGCAGGCCCCUGGGAUCCAGCGCAAAUCCUCGCCAGAAGUCAAGAGUUCGCGUACCCCCUCGACUGCCGCACCCUCGUACAAGGCGACAAGUACGAGGCCGCGGAAAACGUCCUCGGGGCGCAGCGGAUGUACGAAGGCGCCGCGACGGCCGAGCAGGUGAAGAUCCACGAGUCAAUGGGGCCACAGAAGCCCGAGGUCAAAGGGAGCCAGCCUGGUGCGUCGAAGGUCGAGGUCAGAAAGCCGAGCUCCCGAUCGGCCCGCGAGACCCACAUAGAGAGCGAGCAGUUCCCGACUUUGGGCAACUGGGUGGCCUCCCUCAUCGGCAAGCAGACUGCGGAACGCGCGUCGACGAAGCUCGCACCGGAUGCCAUUGGCCAAAAGCCAUAUUAUCAGCCGCAGUCGCCGAGCACUGCUGAGUCGUACAAAUCAACGGCCGAUCUUGGAUCGACGGGGACGAUGGCUAGCAAUUACAUGGGCAAUGGUUAUGCAUCGAUCCCUGGAAGAUGGACGACUGAUCAACAGCAGCAACAGCAACAACAACGGCAACAAAGGCAGACAGGCCAAUCCUCUCAACAAGAUCAACUACCGGGGACACGCUUUCUUCCCCGUCAACAGAGCUUUCAUGCGCCGAUCUCGUCCACGUCUGCCGCUCUCUCCUAUUCAUCUAAAUAUUCCGCGGAUCUGUACCAGAGUCCGGCCCUACUUGGUUACAAUGCCCUAUAUCCCUACGUCACGUCGAUGACGUACCCGCGGCUGCCCUCGGAGGCGAGUCUCGGCCAGCAGCGCGUGUCCCCAUUCGCCCCCCUGGAGUCGCGUUUCUACUCGGAGGUCGGCGAGGUGCGAAUGCCUGGGCCGAUUGGCAAGCGCGUCGAUUACGUCGAGCAGCAGUCGCAGUACGCGAGGAUGUUCACUCCUAGGGAGCUUCGUGCUUACGAGCAGCAGAGGACGGGUCAGCAGAGGCAAAAAAUCGUUAGCCCGGAAGUAUCCAGAGCCGGGAUUGCGAAGCAAUUCAAUUCCGGUGUCCCUUAUGGGCGCGGGUCGAAUAACGCGAGUCUCGGCGAGGUGAGAAAACGUCCUGGUCAGAAUCUUCGCUGCUCUAACUGCGGCGCCCUGGGCUCGCGCUUCGAGUGCCUCGGCUGCGAGACCGCCGUCUACUGCAAUGAGUUCUGCCAGACCCAACACUGGUCCAUCCAUGUUGUCCAGUGUCCUAAAAUCAUGCCCAAACUCAAGAAGGUUGGUUAG